UCAGUGUGGCCGGACAGUCGUCCCUCACACACUCACACACACACUCACAGGAUGGCUGCCGUCUCUCCUCCAACGCCCCGAUCCUUCAUCGCCCUCCUCUUCCUCCUGUCAGGUGGACGGUUUUCGUGCGUUUCCUCUUUUAAAGUAAUGGAAGGGGGCGUGGCCUCUCUGUCCUGCCAGUACUCCGUGCAGCGCUUCGGGCUCAGCCGGGUCUGCUGGGGUCGCGGCUGCGGGACCUUCUGGUGCAGCAACAUCCUGGUGCAGACCGACGAGAACGGUGCCGUCACACAGGUCUUCUCCUCUGAAGAACCUCCUCACAUCAUCUACGAGAUCCGCAUGAGGAGGCCGGUGCAGGAGAACAUCUACACUCUGGACUAG